UGACGCUUCCGCGUAGGUCGCGCUGUGCAGUGAGGGAAAAUGAACAACUCAGCAUGUAGCAUUUAUCAGAAAUCAAGGAGACCCACCAGGAUUAUAAGAUGUAUAUACGUAGUUGGGUUUAUGGACCUGUUUGGGGUCAGUAUGAUCAUCCCUCUGCUGAGUCAUCACGUGAAGGCUUUAGGAGCCAGCCCUACAGUUGCUGGGAUAGUGGGUUCCACUUAUGGGGUUUUGCAGCUGUUCUCCAGCACUAUAGUUGGCAGCUGGAGUGAUGUAGUGGGGAGGCGCUAUUCCUUGCUGACAUGCCUUCUGCUCAGUGCCUUUGGAUAUGGCCUUUUGGGGCUGUCCACUAGUAUUGCCCUGUUUGUGCUGGCCCGAAUACCAGUGGGGCUAUUUAAACAUUCUCUGUCCAUCUGUCGAGCUCUCCUAUCAGAUCUUGUGUCAGAGACAGAGCGCCCCCUGGUGAUGGGUCACUUUAAUGCAGCUUCUAGUGUGGGUUUCAUUCUGGGCCCAGUGGUAGGAGGCUACCUCACUGAACAUGAAGGAGGAUUCUACUUAUCUUCAUUUGUCUGUGCAGCCAUCUUCCUUCUUAAUGCAGGUCUGGUCUGGAUGUUGCCAUGGAGUGAGACUCUAAACCACCGUAUAGAUACUAAUAGUAAUAGUAACAGAAGCAAAUCUUAUGACAAGCUAAAGAACUGUCCUGUUAGGAACCACCAUGACUCUUCUUCCACCACAGCCUGUGGUUCUGCUGGAGCUUCCUGCUGGGGCUGGAGGGAUACGAAUCUUCUCCAGCCUGCCUGGCGGCAGCUGACAUCAAUGUUGGUGCGGAUCCGCAUGUUGGCCUCCUCAGACAUGUGGGACGUGUUCCUUGUGCGUCUGUUAAUGGCUGUAGCUAUAAUGCUUUACUACAGUAACUUCUCCCUGGCUAUGGAGGAGCGCUUUGAUCUCAAGCCCAAAGUGACUGGCUACUUGAUAAGCUACAGCAGCAUGCUGGGUGCCCUUGCUGGCUGCCUGGUAGGACCUGUCACUCAUCUCUACAGCAACAACAUGUCAGCUCUCCUACUGCACUCAACCAUGCUCACAUGCUCUCUGAUCUUCCUGUACACCACUGCGCCUAAUGUGUGGCAAGUGCUGCUUACCUCCACCUUCUUUGCCAUCUCCACUACUAUUGGCCGCACCUGUAUCACUGACCUGGAGCUGCAGCGAGGUGGUGCACAAGCCAGCGGGACCUUGAUAGGGGCGGGGCAGUCGGUUACAGCAGUGGGACGCGUUCUGGCUCCCCUUCUGUCUGGUCUAGCCCAAGAGUUCAGUCCCUGUGGGCCACCCAGUCUGGGAGUGGUUCUGGCCCUGAUAGCUGUGGGCUUAUUGCUUAUCAGGACUCCAAAGUGGGAUAGUAAAGCCAAAGUAAAGGACAAUAACCACUAAUAGUGACAACCCAAUGGUCACACAGGAAAAAAUGAGCAUUGUGGUGCCAUCUGCUGGAGUUGGCAGUGACUUUUCUCUGUCAGAAAUUAAGGUGGAAGCUAAAGCUAUGACUGUGGUUUAUCACUGAUCUGCCAGAAGUCAGCUGAUUUGGUCUUAGAGUACUCACAGCAGUGAGUUUCAGCAUUGUAAGACAUUGUCAGCAGAGUCACCAGCAGGGCAGCCACCUGUCCCUUCAGCCUCAAGAGGACCUGCCACACUAAGUGAAAACCCAGAGACAGACACAGAAGACCACAGGCUGAAGGUUUAAACAGCAUGCCUGAAUACCAAGGCAUGCAUUUUCAAUGACUGGCACAAUGUAUGACUUACAGUAGAAAGUGGAUAUUAAGCAGGUGAGAAUCUCAAUCCUUUCCAUAUCGCCAAUCAAUUAUCAGCCACUGGAGUCAGAUUUACAUGGUCCUUAGAGAUCUAUGCAUUACAGGGAAACAUUACUUUCUGGACUGUUUGUUUUUUUAACCUCAGUGAGGCAUUAAUGGUACAAAAACACUUCAUCCUUAUUGCACUUAAUAGAUAUUUCCUCUUUUUUUAAUUUUUAAUGCCAAUUGCACUACAAUACAGUUGUACUGCUAAGAUACAUAUGGCCUUACAGCUCAUAAUAGACAGACAUUCUGUGGUUAAGAGCUGUUUUCAUUAGCUUUUCCAUUUUGUUUAAUUGGGAGCAGCAGCAUAAACUCAUCUUCUCAAGU